AUUGAUUAGUUAAUUAGGUAAUUAACUGUAAGCCAUUUUAAAAAUAAGUUUUAAAUCAAUUUGUGUUGUAAACAUUGUCUAUGUAUACAAUACAUGCAUUCAUUCACAGAAACGUAAUUUACAAAUUGUCAGACACCAGAAGCUGAAAUGAAAAUGUCUAAGGUUGUGAUAAUUUUUGUUCUAUUUAAGACUCUAACAUUGACCAUUAAGGCUGAAGAAACCAUACCUGCAAAAAACAAUAUUGAAAUGUUACAAAUAUUUCUGACUCAUCUUGAACAAGGAACUACUGUUGGUGUUAUGAAAGAAAGUCUCCGUGUAAUUCUGACUAGUUUUGACAAGAACUUUACCAUUGAAAGAUAUAUUGUAAUCGGAAAUGAAACUCUUGGACUCAGGUUAUCUAAUUAUCUCUACAUUUUAACAUUGCUGACAAAUGAACUGGACAAGCCACAAGAAGCCAAUGACUCAUCUGCUCUUGUGUCAGCCAUACACGAAAUAUUGAUCAGCAUCCUGGGACUGUUAGACAACUCACAGGUGUCGCUGGCCUCUGAAAUUAACUACAGCACCCAGACUGGACUGAGACUUAAACGUGCCUUGGAGUGCCGACUACCAGCUUACUGUAAUCGUAAUCCUCCACCAUUUUAUCCAUGUUCCUGCAGAUCUCUUGGGUUAGGUUGGAAAUAAACUGUCUCCAUAGAACAUAUCAAAUCUGUCCAACUUCCUGCUUCAAGAGAAAAAAACAAAUAUAUUGGCAGUUUGAAAUUCAAAUCAA